AUGAUCAAUACUGUGAAAUACUCCACAGGCAAUAAGACGCCAACAAAUGACUCCGAUUCUGUGCUUAUUGAUAAAACCACUUUAUGGGAUAAUCUGUCGGUGCCUAUCCGUAAUGUCAAUGAGAUAGACCUGAACGUUAAAGACGACACCAAAGAUGAAUGUCUUGCACCACUAUCAGAUAAACAAUGGCAGUCAGUGUGUGCAAUUAAAGAUAUGAUCGAUAUAAAAUACAGUGCUCAAACAACUGCGAUCGUUGGCAUUGGAAAUGUAGGACGAACAAUAGAAUCUGAAUCGGAUUAUGUGCCAUGGACAAAUUCAGAUCUGCAGCAGUUAGACGAAUGGCUGAAUAAAUGGUCUUUGAUAGAGCCCAAUGAUACAACAACAGAAGUUCAUGAUACCUUUCAACAUUUAUGCUCAUGGGAAGAUCAAUGUAAAACAUUAUAUAAUGAUGUGCAUGAAGCUGUACAAUAUCUAGAUACAUUGCAUGAUACAUACGCAAAAGUAUCCUACAAAACGAAUUCUUUAUAUAAGGCUUGCGAACAAUUAUUAGCCGAUCAAGCUAAACUUUCGAAUAUAACCGAAUGCAUCGAAAAUCGUCUGUCCUAUUUUGAUGAUGUUGACCGUUUUGCAAAGAAUUUUUCAAUGAUACCAACGACUCCAGAUAUCAAACAAUUGAUUCCAACCUUAUCUCGUAUUGACGAAUGUAUCUCUUACUUUGAAACACAUAGUACAUUUAAACAAUCGUUAAUGUACAAAAAUCAAAUGAAACAAGUUUUAUUAAGAGCCUUACAGAUGAUUAAACAACAUAUUAUAACUAUACUACAAAGUUCAUCGAAUAAUAUCGAUUCCAGUAAGAAUCACACAUUAUUAUCCGACGAUGCAUACACAUUGUUUUAUGGACGAUUUCGUAUCAAUGCACCGAAAGUGAAGGCAUUGUCUGAAGAGUUAGAGCAACGUUGCUCACGAAAUUCAGAAUAUGAAAAAACGUUAUCAGAUUGUCAUGAGUGUUAUACGAACCAACGGCGCAUGCUUUUAAGCUACAGUGUAACUAGUGCCAUUCAGGAUUUAACCGUAAAAUACGAACGCGAUAUGUGUACUCUGGUUCGGAGUGGUUGUGCAUUUGUUUUGCACUUAUGCCAAGAUGAAUAUCAAUUAUUUUAUCAAUUUUUUUCCAAAUAUUCCUCUCAAUUAGAUACAAUGCUAUCUGAAUUUUGUAAUCAGUUAUAUGAUGCAUUACGAUCUCGUAUUAUCCAUGUUAUACAUUUGGAAACUUUAGCCGAAUUAGUGACCAUAUUAAAAAUUGAAAUGGUUGAAGAACAUGUAAAGAAUAGUGCUAGAGAAUUGGCGACAUUCGAAACUGUUUGUACGCAAAUGUUAGAAGAUGUUCAAGAACGUCUUGUGUAUCGAACACAAGUGUAUAUACGUGAUGAAAUUUUAAGAUAUAAUCCAUCGCCGGGCGAUGUUGCCUAUCCGGAAAAAUUAGAAAUGAUGCAGAAAAUAGCUCAAUCAUUGAAAGAGCAACGUAAAGGAAGACGUCCAUCUCAGUCAUCAACUGAUUCAAGUUCAAAUGAAGUUUUUUUUGAAACAAUCGUUGGUACAGACAUACCCGUUCUUUCAUCAGCCUCCACUUUAUCACCGAGAGAUGGCCAAACCUCGUCAGCAUCUCCAGCUGAUCUACAUGGCAUGUGGUACCCUACUGUGAGACGCACAUUAGUUUGUUUGUCAAAAUUAUUUCGUUGUCUUGAUCGUAACAUCUUUCAAGGUUUGUCUCAAGAGACGUUAACCAUGUGUGUUCAAUCAUUAAUAAAAGCAAGUGAUCUGAUAAUAAAACGUAAAACAUCAUCUGACGGACGUUUAUUUUUGAUCAAACAUUUGUUAAUAUUACGUGAGCAGAUUGCACCGUUCAGCGUUGAUUUUGCUGUAAAAGAAAUGGUCCUAGAUUUUUCCAAGUUAAAAGAAGCAGCCAUGAAAUUUUUAACCCAGAGAUCAAAAUUUUUAUCAUUACACCGUGAUAAUGCAUUUUUAGAAUUUUUAUUACAAGGCACAUUACAAGUAAAAGAAAGUUUCAUCGAUUCAAAACGAGAAGUCGAUAAACAAUUGAAACAAUCGUGUGAAAGUUAUAUAUCGGAUAUUUCGACACAAUUAUGUGGUAAUAUACAACAAUAUUUGCAAAAAGCACAAGUCAUUUUGAAAAUGAAUGAUGAAAACAAUAAUACGAAUAUACAAAAAGUGUCAUUGAGGCUACAACCAUUCGCAAAACCAGAUGUACUACAUGAAAUUAUUAUUGAAAAUUAUAAUUAUUUAAAAAAACAUUUGCCAGAUAUUUUAAAAACGAUGAAUUUAUAUUUGGCAAAUAGAGAUACCGAACAAAUACUGUUUAAACCCAUUAAAACACGUCGUCGUUUACUAGUAACAAACAAACCAGAUAGUUCACAACACACCUUAAAUAAUCAUUAUCAAUCACAAACAACAAUAACUUAUCCUUUAUUAACUGAAACCGUACAAACAUUGCUAAAGCAACCACAAUUUUUAAUAAAUAAUAACGAUUCAUCUAUUGAAAAAACAACUCUUAUUAUAAUGUCGAACGGUCGUGAUCGUACAAGUGAAUUUUUAACAACAGUGAAAACAUUUCAAAAUCGAAGAAAUGGUCUUGAUCAUCCAUUGGUUUCACCCACAUCUAACGCAAAGCAAAAAUCAUCGGCUAUUCAACAGAGUAAUGAAUUUAUGCAAGCCGCUAAACAAAUUGGUCAAGAUUUAUCACAAACAUUUAUGAAAUUAGAACAGUUAACGAUAAUUGCUAAACAAUCAUCUUUAUUUUAUGACAAAGCUGCAGAAAUUCAAGAUUUAACAUCAGCUAUCAAACAAGAUAUUGGUAAUUUAAAUAAACAGAUUGCUCAAUUACAACAGUAUAUGUACAACACAAAUGGAAUAAAGUCGAAAAAUUCACAAACGCAUUCCAAUUCCGUCGUUUUCGUUUUGCAGUCUAAAUUAGCCAUGAUGUCAAAUGAGUUUAAGCAAGUACUGGAAGUUCGUACACAGAAUUUGAAAGAACAAAAAAGUAGAAGAGAUAACUUUUCUAAAAAUACUGUUGCUUCUUCCCUUGCUGCUGUACCACCAAUGUCCGUGAAUGGACGUCCGUCUGUCUUAUUACGUGAUGAUAAACAAGCGAAUGGAGACUCUGUUAUCAAUAUGGACGGUGGAUUAUCUCAGAAUCAUUCUAUGAAGCAACUACAAUUUAUCGAUGAAACAGACACUUAUUUGGCCAGUCGUUCGGAAGCAAUGCAAAGCAUAGAACAAACAAUUAUUGAACUUGGAGACAUCUUUACUCAGCUUUCAACAAUGGUGAAACAACAGGAAGAAUUAGUAUACAGAAUAGACAGUAACGUUGACGAUGCCGCACUUCAUAUCGAAGGAGCUCAUGAAGCAUUAUUGAAAUUCUAUCGUACUGUAACGUCGAAUCGUUGGCUCAUUAUUAAAGUAUUUGCUGUACUAAUUAUCUGUUUUCUAAUAUUUAUUGUUUUUCUGGCGUGA